UUACAACAAUUUAAAUAUCUGAAAACUCUCUCAAGUCUCUCUCACCAUACAAUCUUACUCUCGCUAUCGAUUUGCAAUUCUCAAUCUUACUCUCUCUGUCUCUCAUUUCAUUAUCUCUGAUUCUGAUAACAUCUAACGGUUCAUUAUUUAUCUUUUUCAUUUUCGUUUUUAAUUGAAUCUCUGUACUUUCUUAAUUUUAAUCUCAUUUUAGUUCAAAAAUGGCGGAACUGAAAGAUGCCCAUAUAGUAGAAAUCCCAGUAGAUGAAGAGCACCAACAAAAAAUGUUAUACGCCAUGAACACAGUAACAGCAAUUCAAAAUCACCCACUAGCAGAAAUUUCCCAUAGUCCAGGUCAUCUUCUUCUUCUCAAGCUCUGGCAAAGAGAAGAGGAUUUAUUCAGCCGCAAAAUUGCUGCUAAAGAGACAAGAAUGGAUUCUAUUAAACGCGAAAUUUUUCAGCUUUGUUCUUUCUUUUUAGUCUUUCAUGGGAUUUUUUUAACAAUCUUGUUUUCCUCUUCUUCUGAUAAUAGCAGCAAAGAUCACCAUACUUGCAAAAACUGGUGGAUACCAAGUCUUGUAUCUUUAUCCACUUCCCUUGUGUUCAUAUUUUUGGUUCAAAUUAAAGUUUACAGGUAUUGGAAGGUGUGGAGACAAUUGCAAAGGGAAAAAAAUGAUAAUAGAGCUCUUACAAGGUGUAUUCAAGAGCUAAGAAUGAAAGGGUCAAGUUUUGAUUUGUCAAAGGAGCCACAAAGUGGAAAGAGAAUGAAAAGCUCAAGUGUUGAGAUCAAAUGGAAGCCAAUUACUUGGUUUUCUCAAUAUCUUAUUACUAUUUGUCUUGUUUGCUUCUCAGGUUUGGUCUUUCCUGCUUCCAAAUUGAUCCUUUGUGGAUUCUAAGAGAUUGUUCUGCAAAUUUUGUGAUCCCAACUAGCCAAGUGGAGAUUGGAAGUCAUAAAAUUGGGAUAUAUUAAAGAGUGAUUCUAUUAAUUACUCUGAGUUGGGAUUUGACAGGCUACUCCAUUUGAUCCAAGAGGCUGGCUGAAGAACAAUUUUGUGUAGUUCUCCUGGUUCUUACUUUUUAUCUAUACUUCAAGGGGUAGAAUGAAGCAUCUUGGUCCGAUCUGAUUCAAUCAUUUCUUGGAACAUUUUGGGGCUAGAAAUGAAUUGUUGGAAUUUCCAUGCCUCAGAAUCAGAAAAGGAAAUUUGUGCAGUUGAAGCAUAUUGGUCUGCUCCAAUCAUUUCUUGGAAACCAAAUUUUGUAGCAGAAUUAUUUUUUGAAGCUUUGUGGACAAAGUGAUGCACCAGAAGAUGGCUAAAGACAAUUCUUGGAUUGCAGAUGGCAACACACAACUUGUGUGCUUCUUUUUUUAUCAGUUCUAUUCAUUGUUGCUUGUUACAAUAAAAGAAGCAUGUAAAGUACAAGUAAUCAUCAGCUCUAGUUCACCUUCAACACUAAUGUAAUUCAUGGCAUCUGAGAAUGUAAAAAGAAUACCAACCUUCGAAGGUACCGAUCUGAGACAUCACUGGCAGAAGCUUGCUAUUCUUUGUUAAGAAUCCCUCGUGGUUUAAAUAUCAAAUCCACGGUGUGCUGGCAAGCUAGCUAAUUAAUUGAUAAGUAAAAAUUAUCUAUAUAUGAUCUAUGUAUCCAUAGCAUACUUAUUGAUCAAAUCAAUGAAAUUAAGACAGAUUUCCGUACA